UUGGCGGGAGCGCGAGGAGUGAAGUUGUGUGAUUUGUUUUAUUUUGUCUAUUCAGUGUUUCUUCGGGUUUAAAUGUGUAAUAAUGGUGGUUUAUUAACUGUUUAAUAUCUGUGAAAGUGCACAAAUGUGAAAAAAUGAAACAGCCGCUGGACGUAACUUCUCGGAAUCUUCCAAAAAGUCCACUGAAAUAAUCUCAGUAAAUGACCACCAUUUUACUGAGAUUAUAUUUCAUCCCAUAUCAUCUCAUUUAAUUUCAUCCCAGUUGAUUAAUGUCUCAAAUUAAUCGUCUUCAUUUCAUUUCACUCCAUAAUAUCAUUUUUCAUAAAAAUAUGAAUAUAAAUUAAAAUAAGAUAUGACUUAAAGGUCUCAAUUACCAGGUCAUAAAAUCCCUUAAAAAAAAAUAUACCAACAUAACAACUGUUAGGUAUUUCAUGAAAAUCAAAUUAAUAAUAUGUAAUUGUUGAAAUUCUACAUUCAUACAUAUAUUGGUAAAAGUACACCAAUUAUGAGUAAGAGAAAAAAUACUACUUCCAGUAUACCUUCAAAAACACCAAAACAUUGGUCUUUAGGACUCAUUGCAUCGAUGAAAGACCCUAAUUCAAUUAUAAAAAAUACAGAAAAAGUUGUUGUUAUAAAAGAUAAGUAUCCAAAAGCUAAAGUACAUUACCUUGUAUUACCUCAUGAAGAAAUCAAUAGCAUUUACAAAUUAAAUAAAUCACACAUCAGUUUACUUGAAGAAUUUGGUAACAUCUUUAAAGAAUUAAAGGAAGAAAAUGAAUCUGAACUUAGAGCUGGUUUUCACGCAAUACCUAGUAUGCAGAGAAUGCACAUGCAUGUUAUUAGCACAGACAUGAUAUCCACAUCCCUCAAAACAAAAAUACAUUGGAAUAGUUUCUGUACAAAGUUUUUUAUUCCCUACGAUGAAUUACUUCAAGAACUAAAAGACAUUGGUAACAUAAGGAAGAUUCCUUCAGAAUUGCAUACUUCACUAAUGAAAACUCCACUGCAAUGCAAUCAAUGUUCAUUCAAACCAAAAAACAUGCCUGAAUUAAAAGAUCAUUUAUUAAAACAUCAACUUUUAUAAGAUCUUAUUUAUGAUUUACAAUAAAGUGAUAUUGCAUAAAAAA